GAGAGGCUGUGUGAGAAGCUGCAGCCGCCGGCAGAGGAGACCUCUGCAUCCUCGGGAGCCCAGCGCCGGCCCUGCCUCCGCCCGGCCCGCUGUCGCCACCGCCGCCCUUUCGGUUCCUGCUACUGUCUCACCUAAACAACUCCCAUUCAGCGGACAAGCGAAGUUCUAUGACUGUCUUCUCCUCUCCUUCCUCUUCUUCCAACUCCUUCUCCUCCCACUUCCCAACUGCUGUGGAAAGCCCCUAGCCCAACAGACGCUGGCAAGGCUGCGGACAAGUGUCAUCUACACUUUAUCUUGCUGCUCCGGCUGCCUUAAGGCAAAGUUGCAUAGCUCUACAUCUUUCUUCCCCAGCAACCCCCCUCUGCCCCGAGAGCGUCCCGCCACCCCGCAGCACUCUCCAGGAGCUGCGCCCUAGUGCCCCUGCUGGGCAGUGGCCUUUUCCCCCACCCCAUCCUCCUGCGUCCUGCCCCUGCUGCUCUGGGCAGACGAUGCUGAAGAUGCUCUCGUUUAAGCUGCUACUGCUGGCCGUGGCUCUGGGCUUCUUUGAAGGAGAUGCCAAGUUUGGGGAAAGGAGCGAAGGGAGCGGAGCGAGAAGGAGAAGGUGCCUGAAUGGGAACCCCCCAAAGCGCCUGAAAAGAAGGGACAGGCGGAUGAUGUCCCAGCUGGAGCUUCUCAGUGGAGGAGAGAUCCUGUGUGGUGGCUUCUACCCACGAGUAUCCUGCUGCCUGCAGAGUGACAGCCCUGGAUUGGGGCGUAUGGAGAACAAGAUCUUUUCUGCCACCAACAACACAGAGUGUAGUAGGCUACUAGAGGAGAUCCAGUGCGCUCCCUGCUCUCCCCACUCCCAGAUCCUCUUCCACUCACCUGAAAGAGAUGUCCUGGAUGGGGACCUAGCACUUCCUCUUCUCUGCAAGGACUACUGCAAAGAAUUCUUUUAUACUUGUCGAGGCAAUAUUCCAGGUCUUCUUCAAACAACUGCUGAUGAAUUUUGCUUUUUCUAUGCAAGAAAAGAUGCUGGAUUAUGCUUUCCAGACUUCCCAAGAAAGCAAGUCAGAGGACCAGCCUCUAACUACUUGGGCCAGAUGGAAGACUACGAGAAAGUGGGGGGGAUCGGCAGAAAACACAAACACAACUGCUUCUGUGUCCAGGAGGUCCUGAGCGGGCUGCGGCAGCCUGUGAGUGCUGUCCACAGUGGGGAUGGCUCCCAUCGGCUCUUUAUUCUAGAAAAGGAGGGCUACGUGAAGAUCCUAACCCCAGAAGGAGAGCUGUCCAAGGAGCCUUACCUGGACAUUCACAAACUUGUUCAAAGUGGAAUAAAGGGAGGAGACGAAAGGGGCCUGCUAAGUCUGGCAUUCCACCCCAAUUACAAGAAAAAUGGAAAGCUGUAUGUGUCUUAUACUACCAACCAGGAGCGGUGGGCUAUGGGGCCUCACGACCACAUUCUUAGGGUUGUGGAAUACACAGUAUCCAGGAAAAAUCCCCAUCAAGUUGAUGUGAGAACAGCUAGGGUGUUUCUGGAAGUUGCCGAGCUCCACCGAAAGCAUCUUGGGGGACAGCUGCUCUUUGGUCCCGAUGGCUUUUUGUACAUCAUCCUUGGGGAUGGUAUGAUCACAUUGGAUGACAUGGAAGAGAUGGAUGGGUUAAGUGAUUUCACAGGCUCGGUGCUGAGGCUGGAUGUGGACACCAACAUGUGCAAUGUGCCUUAUUCCAUACCACGGAGUAACCCCCACUUCAACAGCACCAAUCAGCCCCCAGAAGUAUUUGCCCACGGCCUCCAUGAUCCAGGCAGAUGUGCCGUGGAUCGACAUCCCACUGAUAUAAACAUCAAUUUAACAAUACUUUGCUCAGAUUCCAAUGGGAAAAACAGAUCAUCGGCCAGAAUCCUACAGAUAAUAAAAGGACGAGACUAUGAAAGUGAGCCAUCUCUUCUAGAAUUCAAGCCAUUCAGUAAUGGCCCUUUGGUUGGUGGAUUUGUUUACAGAGGCUGUCAGUCUGAAAGAUUGUACGGAAGCUAUGUGUUCGGAGAUCGCAAUGGAAAUUUCUUAACCCUCCAGCAAAGCCCAGUGACCAAGCAAUGGCAAGAAAAGCCGCUCUGUCUGGGCUCCAGUGGCUCCUGUCAAGGCUACUUUUCAGGUCACAUCUUGGGAUUUGGAGAAGAUGAAUUAGGAGAGGUUUACAUUCUAUCAAGCAGUAAGAGUAUGACCCAGACUCACAAUGGAAAACUCUACAAGAUCAUAGAUCCAAAAAGACCUUUAAUGCCUGAGGAAUGCAGAGUCACAGUUCAACCUGCCCAGACACUGAACUCGGAUUGCUCCCGGCUCUGUCGGAAUGGCUACUACACCCCCACGGGCAAGUGCUGCUGCAGCCCCGGCUGGGAGGGGGACUUCUGCAGAACUGCCAAAUGUGAGCCAGCAUGUCGUCAUGGAGGAGUCUGUGUCAGACCAAACAAGUGCCUCUGCAAAAAGGGCUAUCUCGGUCCUCAGUGUGAACAACUGGAUAGAAGCAUCCGCAGAGUGGCCAGGGCAGGUAUCCUUGAUCAAAUCAUUGACAUGACGUCUUACUUGCUGGACCUCACAAGCUACAUUGUGUAGUUUCUGGGACAGUUUGAGCACAUCUUUCCGGUGGGCAUUUAUUUUGAUCUUGUCAUUAAAAAGAGAGACUGUCCUUCUGCUACACACUCCUGUGAUUUCAUUUUCUUUUAGUAAUUUAAAAGCAAUUUCCAGAAAUGUACAGAUCUCAGCGUGUAUGUUGGCACGUUUCUUCACAUCUGCUCUCGCACUCACAACCCCAAACUCCAGGUUGUAUAACAGAAGGGCUUUUUUGUUUUGUUUUGUUUUAUUUUUAAUAUCUACUUUCUGGUGUGGAGUACUUUACACAGAAGUUCCACUUCAAAUUGGUCACAGAGUUUUUUUUUUAUGGCAUCGGAAGAUAUUCUUUUACGUUUCGGGAAAUUUCUGUCUGUAGUUACUACAGUCAACCUUAAGUAGGGUUUUGAAAUGUUCUUGUGCAAUGUGGUGGAAGUAUUUUUAUAUUAAAGGUCUAUAAUAAGAAAGCAUGUUUCUAAACUCCUUGGAGAAUUUCUGAACAAGCAGCUUGAUGUAAGAUUAUAAUCUUCAUUUCUGUUGAUGUAUCUGGUUACAGAAUGUUGUACACUUACCUUUUUAUUUGACAGAGCAAUCUGAUUACUUCAGCUUAGUCUCAAGAUGGUUUUCAAAUGUUUUAUGAUUAAAUCAGAACAACCUAUUUGAAAGAGCAAUCUUCCUGAAUGCACUGCUUCUAUUGUAUAUUUUGUGUAACAAUAGGCUCUGGGUUUUUUUUUUACAUAUUUAUAUUUUUAUUUUAUUUUUAUAAUAUAAACAUCACCUAGAUGAGACACCUUUACCCUGUCCUGUAAAAUACUAAAGUUACAUUUUCACCAACUUAAUUGGAAAGAAGAAGGUAAGGAGGCAAACAGCCUUUAACGUGCUGUGGAUCGAAUGUAGCAAUGUGUACUUGUGCCAACACGUAGUCACUCCCGUCAGAUGAGAAAGCAAGAAGGCAGCCAGUUCUUAUAAAAUUCCAGCGUUGCGUGCAUGUAAAGUACUUUCACUGUAGGAAGAAUAUCAGAGUCUGUGAGAUUAAAAGGUUACAGUGUGCACUCUUAGUCCAUCCUCCCCGGAGAAAAGCUUGCUCCUUCACAGCCAAGCCAGGCUGUGUAUAAGCUGGUCGCAUGUGUGGAUUCUUACGAUCUUCAUUCUUGGCAAACCUGACUUCUAAUGCACAUAUUAUUCCUUUAGGUCUCUGUGACAAUACCCUUCAGUUCUUGCCUCAAUAAAUUUUCUACAAAUGUUCUGUUCAGAUUUUUCUUAAAGAAAUGUUGUGCUCUAGCUUUCAAUUACAAGAGUCUGACAGAUAUUUUGCUUAAUAGUUUUCCACUUGUCAUGUCUCCAUGUUUGGAUUUAACGAAGCAUUUUUGUACUACUGACAUCGGACCAUGAUAGGUGCACACUCUCAACCAUAGCAUCCCUCUGGAAUCCAAGUUGUGGGAUCAUAAAAGCGUGCAGCACUGGCUGACAGUGCAUGCAUGCUCUUCAUCCUCAGGAACAUGAGCCUUAAGUAUGAAA